AUUCGAUAGAAUUCUCCACCAUACACCAUAACAAUGUCAGAAUACACAGGACUAAUUGGCUUACCAACGACAGGACAAUCUCCAAUUAAUUUAGACGACAAAUUAGUACGAGAACGUCACUUUCCUCCCCUUGUUAUAAAUGGACAUUGGUUAAACGAUGGAGAGGCACGUUUAUACAAUACUGGUAGCUCAGUGAAGGUAAUCUUAAGUGGGGACAGGAUUCCAUCCACAGUUUGCGGUGGUCCACUCGCGGACGAUGUUUACGAACUCGUCGAUGUACAUUUCCAUUGGGGAGAAGACAAUUGCAGAGGUGCUGAGCACACCAUCAAUGACACUUGGUACUCGAUGGAAUCACAUGCUGUUCAUUGGAAUAGGAAGUAUUUCAACUACGAGGAAUGUCACAGGCACAAGGAUGGCAUUUGUGUCCUGGCAUAUUUAUUCUUAGUACAACCAGAUUGCUGUAAUUGUAUUAAUCCACAACUGGAAAGGAUAACGGAGAACUUGAAAAACGUGGUUGAUACACACAUGGAAACGAAAAUACCACCUAAUUCUCUGUGCUGGAUGCGUUGGGCAACUUAUUGCACCAGGUACUAUACUUACGCAGGAUCUUAUAAUGUUGGUGACUAUCCUGAAUGCGCUACAUGGAUCGUAUUUCCUGUAAUUAUACCCGUACGAUCCACCGAAGUAAGUCGCAACAUUUUAUGUAAUAAUUUACCAGCGACUAAUUAACGAAAUUUCACAGAUCGACGAAUUUCGAAAACUAAGGGACAAGGAUGGCCAGUGCAUUAAAUCGAAUUGGCGAGAAACGCAAAUGUUAAAGUGUAG